AUGAAUCGAAGGAACAACGAAGCAGGAAGAAAGAUUCUCAAGCGUCAUACGGCACCAAAGUGUAAGUGCCAUGGAGUCUCUGGUUCGUGCAACCUAAAGACUUGCUGGAUGCAAUUACCAACGAUGCGACAAGUCGGCAACAUACUUCAGAACAAGUAUAAAAAUGCGAUUAGGGUUCAGGUGAAUUCCCGAGGUAACUUGCAAUUGGUCGCCGACCAGCAGCAAAAAGAAGCUCCAGAAGGCGGUGGAAAACGGAAAACGAGAGCGCUGCCAACAGAUCUCGUCUAUAUGGACGACUCGCCAGACUAUUGUAGACAGGACCGAGCGUCGGGAACUCUUGGUACACAUGGGAGGAUCUGCAGGAGGGGUGCAGACGGGCCUGAUGGUUGUGAUUCGCUGUGCUGUGGACGGGGCUACAACACCUAUACCGUGGAGCAGACAACGAAAUGCAACUGCAAAUUCGAGUGGUGCUGUAAGGUGGUGUGUCAGAUGUGUACGAACACCACUCAAGUCGAUAUUUGUAAAUAA